CCGAACAGAAAAGGACAAUGCGAGUUUUGCUUCAUGGGGGCUGCUGCGAAAUCUGUGAUAAAAUAAUUAUAAAUAUUAUCUUCCGUUAUUUUCCAUUUCUGUGAGAUGAAAAUGGCGUCCCGACUUUUAACUUCUAACUUGUUUGUGUUAUUAAAUUUGUGCCUAAUUUCCUCUUGUUAUUGUCGCAAUUCUCAUUUAUAUUACGAAACAGAUAGCUUGAGUUUUGAAGAUCAUGACUUCUCACCCAUUGACCAUGUUCGAGCCAAACGGAGUCCCUACAAUUUAUCUCAAGACUCCGCUCAUAUCCUGCGCAACGCCAAUUCUAGUGAAGACAUCUCAGGAAAACCGAUGAGCAAAUCGAUUUCUAUCACUGAGCCAAUUGAUUCCAAUGCAAACAUUAGCCCCUCUGUAGCACACUCACCAAUACUCGUUUCCAAUCCAGGCGAGAGUGGAAAAUAUCCUCGAGGCAAAAAUUUCACUGGUCUAACUCGAGUCUCUCCCAUCAGCUCUGGUCUAAGCACUCCCCACAUUCUUGGUGGCAUAAGUUCAACCUCUGAAAUACCAGCUCUUGCCGAUGAGCAAACUCUCGUUCCAUCUUACCCUGACCCAAUCAAUAAUCAAACCCUGAGUGAGCAUGACAUCAGCUCCAGCACCAAUGACACACAAUCGUAUUACACUCACACCAUUUAUAAUGAUCCAAAAAUAGAAAAUGAAUAUUGGGUGGACAUGGACUCUCACAAAGAUAUGAAAAUCAAUGAAUUGCUUUCUAAGUCACACAGAAGAGCAGCUACCCUGAGAUUAUCAUUCCCGUUCCCGUUCUACGGCCACAUGAUCCGCAACGUCACAAUUGCCACCGGAGGAUUUCUGUAUACCGGAGACUAUGUUCAUUCUUGGUUAGCCGCAACACAGUAUAUUGCACCUUUGAUGGCCAACUUUGACACCAGGCUUCAGAAUGAUUCUUUCGUUAAAUACGCUGAUAAUGGAACUGCCCUCACAGUUCUGUGGGAAAACGUGCGCCUUCAAGAUAGUCCAAAAUCUGGGGAGUUUUCUUUUGAAGUUACCCUUGUGAAUAACGGUGACAUUAUUUUUGUCUACAAGAAAGUUCCUUUUUCAAUUAACUCCAUAAAAGAUGAGCAUCACCCAGUGAAAGUGGGUCUAUCAGAUGCCUACAUCAUGGAUCGUCAUGUUUUCCUCGUUCGUCGUAAAACCAUCUAUGAAUACCAUCGAAUUGGAAUAGAGAAGGAUCGGAUUACCAACGGAACGGUAAUAAUCCUGAAAUCCCUUCCAAGUUGCUUGAACUUCAAGAGCUGUGAUUCUUGCUUGGCUCCAAACAAUAACCACUUAAAGUGUAACUGGUGUGAGAGCACAGGACUCUGUUCGACAGGAGUUGAUAGACAUCGGCAACAGUGGUUGCACAAAGAAUGUGACAAAACAAGUGUUGAGCGGCGAAACGAAUGCCCUGCUAUCUCUCACAACUCGCAUAUGUCCGAAUCUGUGGCUCGGGAUUCAAUGGGUGCUCCGCCAAAGAAAGCUGAACGCAGCAUGAUGGGUGUCAUGGGAGUUUUCAUGUUGACAGUUCUCAUCUCUGGUGCUAUUAUGUGGGUGUUGUAUGCUUACCGAUAUCCACAUUCAAUGUCCGGGCAAAUUUUGAUCAGGUACCGACCGAGCACUUGGGGCUGGAGACGAGAAGCUGGAUACACAGCCGCAACAAUCCACAUGUGAUUUUCUUCCUGUUAAACUUUCACGAACUUUGCAGUUCUCUGCUCUCAUCUGCUUUUUUCAACAUUGGAACCAACAUGUACAAAUCAAGUGGCCUUCAGUAACUUGUAUGAUACUGCUCAAGUUGAUAUUUUGCAAAAAAAAAGACGUGUUAAUAGUUUCUAUACAUAUUUUACUUUAUUUGUACUUUCUUGUAAUCUAUUAUAAAUAUUGUUAAAAUGAAUGAGUUUCUGGUGCAGGGAGUUGUCAAUGUCAAGUGUUAGACAGUGUCUUAUUUUUACUCUUUUUAUCAUUGAAUUUAUUUUAGUGAAAUAGGUGCUUUUUUAUUUUACUUAAAUUAGAGGACAUGCAACUCCUCUCUCUUCCCAGGAAAGCCAGAAACUCGUUUAUUUGUUUGUUUGUUUUAAUAAUCGUAGAUGAAGCAAUCAUUUCAGCAAAUAUUGAAACUUCUGGAAGGCAGAGUGUGCUGGUCAACCUAUCUGGUUUUCAAAAGCAACACUUUACACAUCAUUAUGACAGUUUUUUUGGAGACAAAGGUUACCAAUCCAGCUAAAAAUGGCUUGAUUGCUGAACUGAAUAGGAAAAAAGCAUCUGAUGAAAAAAAAACAAAAAGUGACAAACCCUAUUUUCAAAUAAAAUGUUAAAGAAUAUCAUUACUUGAUGAUUUCUUCUCUUCUUACAAUCUUUCUCGUUGCAUGAAGAAUAUUUUACGAGAAUCUCAAAUGGGGAAGUUUGACUGUAGAACUCCAGAAAGGGCAUCUCAAAUUGCCGUAGUGCAGACUUCUUGUCAUGAUUUAUUUUCUACAUAGAAGAUCUUUCAACCCCAUUUCAUGAAAAUUUCCAUGAUUUUUCUUCUCUGUCUGGGGAAUAUUCUGAUACAUUUUCAAACCAUGAAAUUGGUUUGGUCUUCUUUAAAAAAUAAAAUAGACUGAAACACCAGAGAUUUGGAAACCCUGCAAUCAAGAUAUGCGUUUUUGCAGUUCCACUGUCAAGUUUGUUUAUUUCCUUUAUAAAGAUACCUCAGGGGCAGCAAUUUCAAACUGUAUUUUUUAAGAGUUUAAUGGUGACGCUGUUUGCAUACUGCUAUAUCAAAGAAAAUUGACUGUCUGAAUGUUGCCUGUGUAUAGUUUUGUUGAAAUGGUUGCUGUUUUUGAACAAUUCACGUAGAGGAAAGUUGUAACAAAACUGAAAUAAUCUUCUGGUUUUUUUUCCUACAUGCAUAAUCACUGUAUAUAUUUCUUGUAUAUUAAUGCAUGCUGUUUACCCAUCUGGAUUUCAAAUUGUAAGUAGUGUGUUAGUUACUAUCUCUCAGUAUUAAUUUUUGUAUCAGCUUACUCACUCAUAUGGCCCAACUGAGUUCCAUUUAGUAUUUCUAAUAAUCAAGGUCUCAAUUCUGUUAAGCCCAAUUGACGCAGUUAAAACUUUUAUUUAGGAAAGCAAAAAAUUUGAUGCUGUUUAUAUUGCUGUGCGGCAUCGUCAGUUAUUUUAUGGCAGCUUUCAGUCUGUGCAGGUGGAGUUGUGGCUAAUUUUUGGUGGGAGGUUUUACGACGGCUUUUUCCGUAUUGGCAGUGCCAAAUUGCAUGAAAAGUUGAAUGGUUAAUUGCACCCAAGGCUAGGCGUCAUAUUCUAGUUACUAUCUUUGUUCUUUACUUGUUUUCUUAAAAAACUCUGGUGUAAAUUUACAUAGCCUCUCUACAGUAUAGCAUAAUUUUAAAGAUUUUUCAGUACAUAUAUUUUAUCAUAAUUAAGUAAUGUUGACUCAUUUUCGCUUCAUCUGCCACUAAUUUUUUCCAGAUUUUGAUGGAAAUCUUUCCUGUAAAUGACUCUCAGCUCUGGGAUAUUUCUUCCUUACCUUUAUCUUUUGACUCAUUAUACCAGCAACAAUUGUUUUGAUGUUGUGGCCUGCCUUUUAUUAAGCAUCUUCAAAUUGUGUUUAUUGCAGUACUAAACAUAGUGGCUGUUUUACACAAAAUUCGACGGAGUUUGUCUUCUGUUGGAAACUUCAGUUUCUGUAGUGACCCUUAAAUUUGUUUUAUUGUUGUAAUCAAGUGCCUUAAUGAACUGCUAACUAUGUGUUGGUGAGUUUGGAAUCUACCAAGGGUAUAAAUCAUAUUGUGUAGUACUAAAGACUUAAAACAAACAACAAUAAAAUUAUUAAACUUUUGUCUGUCAUUUUAAAGGAAAAAUGGAAAAAAAAUAUAUUAUUUCUUUUGACCGGGAUAAAACUUCAAAAUAGGUUUUCAGAAUAUUUAAGUUUGAUUCACUGUCAAUAAAUUUACACUUGUCAAGAAGCUGAUAAGUACUUUUGUAAUAUGAAUAGAAACUUCUGAGUGCACCAAGCACAGGAAUAUCAACGACCUUUAAGUUUGCAUGUAUUGAAAGAACUAACUCUAAAAAAGCAUUGCUGUCGAAAUAAACGUAUCUAAAUGGGAGGCUUUGUCGAAUGACAUGGCGUAUAGAGACAUCCUUGCACUCAAAAAUGUAUUGCUUUUCUUUUCUCUACUUCUCAAAAUAAUGUGAAAAAUUCUCUGAAAUCAGCUUAUCAAGCAUUCUCCUCUGAAAGAAGGAAAACGUCUGUUGCGAAUUCUUUCUUCUUAUUUUGUUUUGGAUCUCUUAUCAUCAAUAAUUAACUAAAGGUUUCAGUAUUAUUCGACAAUGGGCCACCAGACAAGGUAUGAAUUAAAGCACUACGUGACAUGUUCCCUCCACAAAAUUUCACGAGGAAAACGAAUCGCACAACAGGAGGUCUGGACAUCAACUCCUAAACAAGCUUUGUAUGUUCACAAUUACCAGUAGGUAAAUGGCAAGAUGCAAACUCAGACUCCGUUUGAUCUGUGUCAAAAAUGCUUGUUAGUAUCUUGUUCAGAAAUUGGUCUCUGAACAUUCCGUUAUGUGGAACGUUUUCUACGUAAGAUUUUGAAGAGGAAGCAUGUGCGUUUUCUUUUAAGUUGGAUCUUGUUCAGUCUUCCAUUUUCUAGGACACUUUUAUUCCAGUGUGAAAGUUCUAUUAGUUUUACUUGUUUUUCCAUAAUUUUAUCAACAUCUAUGAGUCAAAAUUGAACUUACAACUCGUCAUUUGCUAAAAUGACAUCAAAAUAUAUUAACGGUUCAUUAAUAUUAGAAUCCUGAAAACUUUGAAGACCCAUUUUGUACGUUCCUCCCACUAAGUCCUGAGGAAUGACCGACAGAAAGUUAAUUUGCAAUAUUUGUUUGUUCGUUGUUUUUCUCACCAUUUUUUUGUGAGUUGUGUUUGCAAAAGACAAUAAUCAGAAAAGCCUUAAUUUUUUUAUUUACCUACUUUAACCUACCAUGUACUUGAAAACAGGCUGCAAUAGAAUAGUGUUUUUUAUUCAAAUCCUUUCUUCAAAUUGUUACUUUUAAUAUCUCCUCGAUUAUUUUAAGUUGGAAGUUUUAAACUUCAUAAUUUUGGGAGGGUAACACGAGGGGUAAAGUAGACAUCUAGGACCUUCAUUAUGUGUGUUUAUGCUUCGAUAGCAGGGAUUAAAAUCUAGUUAAGGCACCUACUGUUUCCAGCCCACCAGUAGCUCCAAUUAAAGGCUUGCUCGGUGUUCAGCAGCUCGCUUAUGGGUUAGGACUGUGGCUUCAAACCCCUGAACUCCCCCCCCCCCCCUUUGAAGCAACAUUUCCUUAUCCGCAGACAGAUCCCUUGUGCCAAUAUUAUAUUUCGAAAAAAUUCUCAUACAGGUUUUAUCAAUUCACUCUACGCACUGGUAUCGUUUCGGAAUCUCUUCCAUUAGUUUAAAUGUACAACACCAAAUCAUUGGGAAACUUUUUGUGCUUACACAUUCUUUGAAACUUUGUUAAAAAUUUACUCUUCUUUUGUUGUUUUUAAUGAGCGUGAAUUUAAUCCCAGCUGAGCUUCAGAUAAAGUAUUUAAAUCAAUGUUUUACUCCUAGCACAUUAGUAACCUUUCAAAAAUUGUUUUCACACAUCAUAUCUUUAUAUUUGUUUUAUUACGCAUUGUGUACAAAUAAAUUUUCUCUGUGAUCAUUUUUAA